CCGGAUGCGAAAUUUUCUUCACAACGUCUUUAGUCGCCGAACGGUUCACAACUCCGCGUUCCCGUUCCGUUUUGGUCAAGCCCAGAUUCGUUCAGAAGGAAAAACCUUGAAUUUUGCUUUAUUUUAGUAAAAUUUAUCAAUUUGCGUCGCGUCGCGUUCGAUUUCUGGGGAAAAAGCGAGUAAAUAAAGCACUUCAAAAUGGUGGACAAAAUCGAGAUGAGCCUGGACGACAUCAUCAAGUCGUCGAAGCCCCAGCGAGGCGCCGGUGGCCGCGGCGGGGUCAACAAGAAUGGUGCCGGUCCCCGGACUGGCGGUGGCCGUGGAGGCCCACCCAGGAACGGAUCCGGUGGUGGCGGAUUCCGUCAGAACCUCAACCGCUCCGGCGGCGGCGGUGGUGGUGGAGUCCUCAAGGGACGCCAGCGCGGCGGAAUUCAGCGGUCGAAAUACGCACGGGGGGAUGUCAACAGCGCCUGGAAGCACGACAUGUACGAGGGAGCGCGCAAGAGCCGGCUGCUGGCCGCGGCCGGGCUCGGCGGUGGACUCGGAGGCGGUGGCCCCGGAGGGCUGGGCAGCACCAAGCUGAUGGUAUCGAACCUGGACUUUGGCGUGUCGGAGUCGGACAUCAACGAGCUGUUUGCGGACUUUGGACCGCUGAAGAGCGCGUCGGUACACUACGACCGGUCCGGACGGUCGCUGGGCACGGCCGACGUCGUCUUUGAACGGCGCGCGGACGCCAUCAAGGCAAUGAAGCAGUACAACGGCGUCCCCCUGGACGGCCGCCCCAUGAGCAUACAGCUGGCCACGUCGGAGAUUCCGGUGCCGCGGGCACCCCGCCUCGGCGGUUCCAGCGACCGCUCGUCCGGUCUCGCUCCCCGCUCGCCACGAUCUCCGCGGUCUCCGGGACGGCGUCAGGGAGGCGGCCGUGGUGACGGCAGCAGCCGAGGAAACAGCAGCCAGUCGAAUCAGCGCCGCGGUGGUGGCGGCGGAGGUCCCCGCCGGCAACAGCGCGAAACCAAGACGGCCGAGGAGCUGGACGCCGAGCUGGACGCGUACACUAAGGACAUGAAGUAGGGAGACGAAAAACAAAACCAAGCUUUAUCCUGCCCCCAAAACAGUGGCCGGCAUUUUGCAACGUGACCUCUAAACAAAAUUUUCUAGUGGUUAAUCGUUUAGCGUGUAAGGAACUCACCUCCCUUAACAGAAGAAAAGAAGAAAAAAAACCUCAACCCCUUCACAAAAGUAACCACGCGCGCGCGGUGUGUAAAUAAGUGCGGUGACUUGAACCACCAACUCGGAGAGAGCCAGCAGCCCCUCGGUCAAAAGGCGCUAGGUUGCACUCAAACCUAGCCAGGACAACGACGAAAGUGGUUUUUAGAUUCUUAAUAAUUUAAACUGUUUCACUAGUGGAAUAAAAACGCAGAGAAAAGCGCGUGACGAUUGAUCUUACAACCUAGUUUUAUUAUUAUGUCUAUAUAUUGCAGUAAAUCAAGAAACACAACACGUAAAACAGACGAAAACAAUGGUGAAAUUCACACACCCGUUAAAAAAAAAAACAAAACAGUCAGGUGAAGUUUUUGUAUUGCGGAAACAGAGGCAAAAGUUACUAAUCUUAACUCUUAACACACACCCACACACUCGAGGGAUGCCGGCGGAAACCACGCGGCAUCGGCGGCGCCACGUGACUUGAUUCUGUCUGUCAUUGGCAGAAGCUCAUCAGUUAGUAUGUAGGGUUUAGUUCUAGUGAGAAAAUAAGGCAAAAAACUAAGAAAAACAUUACAAAAAAAA